UUUAAUCGAGCAAGUUUCAAAGUAUGGAAUGAAAAUAUGGCAAAUCAAUCAAUACUUAUUCAAAAAUUUGCAACACAUUCUGUUUACAAAACUGGAAAAAUUCUGGGGCAAGGAUCUUUUUCUGUGGUUGAUAAACGAAUUUUGGGGGGUAAUUAUGUCGCUAUUAAAACAAUAAGAAGGCAAAGCAAUAUACUUUGUCAAGUUAACGAAAUUAAUAUUUUAAGUCGGCUUUGCCAUGAUAAUGUUGUUAAAAUGUUUGGUGUCCUUGAUGAUCCAGAUCCAGAUACCAAAAUCGUACUGGAAUAUCUAGAAUGCGGUUGCUUAUUUGAAUAUGUGUUAAAGACAGAAAUGACUGAGUCGGAUCAACUAAUUAUACUCAAAGGUAUCUCCAAAGGUAUGCAAUAUCUGCACGAGAUGAAUGUGAUCCACAGGGACCUCGCAUCCAGAAAUAUAUUGUUGGGGUCGCAAUUGACUGCAAAAAUUUCAGAUUUUGGGUUCAGCGUGCUUACAACUGUUGCCAAUUUUUACGCAUAUUUCGAAUAUUCGAAAGAAGAACUUAAUCGCAUGCCAUAUCGCUAUCUUCCUCCUGAGAGCGUUGCAGGGCUACUUGAUACACCUGGGACAAAGUGCGUCUACUCUAAAUCUGGAGAUGUUUGGUCAUAUGCUGCAAUAAUUUAUGAAAUGAUGGUGCCCGGGAAGGUUCCAUUUCAUGAAUUUGGGACAAACAAUGUGGUGGAAAUUGUACGACGAAUUUGCAAAGGAUUCUAUCCAAUGUGUUGCCCUACCAAAUCAAAUAGCUUUAUGAGUAAUUUAUCACAAGCAAUAUUUAAAUGUCCGCGAGAUCAACGACCGACUUUCGAAGAGAUUCUAAAGACCAUUGAGAAUCGUCUGGAAUGUUUAUCCGUCAAUGAUUUCGCAAUUUCACAUCAGCCAAUCUCCCAAGCACAAAAAACCGAAGAUGGAACCAACAUGACCAACGUUGCUUUAGGGAGUGUGGACAGCGGGAUUGGUAGCACAUCAUUUAGCAUGGAUAGUACUUGUGAUAACGACGAAUUGGACCAAUUAAAGAACUGUUCCGAUAUUAAAGCUGCAGUUGUGCUUCAAAAUGUCACAACCGUUUUGCCCGACAUGGAUUUUGCAGAGGGAAUUUUUAAAAAGUUUGGAAGACCGAACCUUAAAAUUAAUGCGAUUAAAAGACUAAGCUCUAAAUCACUCGCGAUCGUGGUUAAGAGCAGAUCCAGUAAUACAACAAUGAAUCCUGAAAUGAUUAAGGCCUUGUCCUCCAUGGUGAAUGACAUUAAAGCAUGCUCCUCUGUGUACAGUAGUUCAAUAAAGGUAGAUUUAUAUAAUCGUGAGGAAUUUAACCUUGACGAAACUGGUUGAUGGUUUAUGUCGGUGCUAAGCUUAGA